GCAUUGAUAAUAUAGUAGUCUGCACUUUGUUUUCAAAAUUCUCUCUUGCCUUCAUUCUCUGCCCUACAUAUGUGUUGUUACUCUCUUCUUCAGGCUGUAGGCGCUGUGACUUUCGAACAUCUAACGGGGGGUGCGGGCCUGGAAAUGUGGGGACUAGGGAGUGCUUGAGCAUUGCGGUGGCCUCCUGACCUUUGAGUCUGGCCACCACUACCAUCGUCACUGCGCCAUCCCUCUCCCCUCUGGAUUCUUAACAAAGACAUUUGGCUGCCUUGGGUGCCAGCGGAAACUCAAUCACAGGUUUUCUUGCGAUUAAAGCGCAUAUCUUACUCUUCAUGUUUUAAUACAAGCUGAGAGCGCAACGGGACAGUUAAGUCAGGCAAGACGCGGUCUUCGUUUGGUUUGAUUACCGACCGCCGAACGCGUUGACCCCGCCCACGUGCCAACCUUCAAAAAGCCGAUGAGGCUUACUGGACAUCGCCGACUACUCCUUGGUUUCCUUGUAAUGACAAACAUAUCUUGUGAUAACGCUAUGAUUUUGCGGACUUAAGAGAGAUAUUUAAUACUUGACACACAAGCGAAUUCAUGUUAGUCUUUGCUACGGUGGACGACGUGGGUGGAAAUGGCUUCAGAGGCGUGAGCCACGGUCAUGCCGCGGAUCAAGUCAGAGCGUUGGAGGCUUCUGGUUGGGUCCGUUGGCAGAACCCUACCCUCAAAACUUUGCCAUCAGUCGACUCAGAAGCCCUUCAAGUGAUGGGGCUUGCCCAACUGAGCAAUUGAGUGCAUCCAUGAGACACUCGGUUGGAUUAUGCAACAGAGCAGUUGGCUAUGGGGAAAAGUCGACUCCAGUGGUCAAAGGAUCGGUGCUUCCCCUUGGACCGAUUGAAAUUUGGGUCGAGCGGAGAAAUCAACACCAGUUGAUCUGAAAGCCGCCAACCACUGCGUGCAGUGUUUCCACUCGUCGAUCACUCCGGUUUACUUCACAAUUUUCUCAUUUAACCCGGCUUGCUGGUUUUCAGUUAUCAUCAAGCUUUAUGGUUUCAAUGCCUACAUUUUGCUACUGUUCAAGCUGGUGUUAGUUGCAAGCAGUGCUGUCAAGCGAUGGCCUGCUAGAAUGGGUACCGAGGUGGCAGUUGUGCCAAGUUUGUCUCGUUUGGGAUCGGCAAGCGAUUUGGAUGUGGCAAUAACCUCAUUUUGGAGAUGUUGUGCUUCGGUGCUGGUCCAAACUCUCCCAUGACAAGUGAGUGGAGUGGAGAUAUCCUAAGCGACGGACGCUGACAAACAAAUGCAAUCAUCAAGCGGUGUGUACCACAAACCAGAACAGGCCUCAAACCAGCACAACCUGAUGCAGUCUUCAAGGCCUUUCAUCGUCGACUUGCUACUGUUGCGUUUUGUUUGGUCAUGUUGGAUGUUAUGGGUUGGAAAGACAUCACUUUCAUGUUAUGAUUUUGUUUUGACGGAUUGCAAGAUGGGCCUCUCCAGAGAGAUAACAGGGUUGCAGGCUGCAGGCGUGAGUGAGACUGGGUAGUCAUUACUGCAACCAAGGUGAGAGUCUUCAAUGGGAAACAGUCUUCUUUGGUUCGGAAACCAUCAAAGCUCCCAUUCUUCCACUUUGCAGCAUACUGCAAGGAGACGGAUGGUUUGACGGGACCGAGUAUGGAUGGCUGCGGAACAGAGAACUUCGAGGCUGCCACGCCGCAGGCUACUGGCCGAAAUGUACAACUGUCCAUACUCUCUAUAAUGAGAUACCUUACAUAUCUUACCUGCCAUUCCAACCUAUCACAUGACUGUCAUGCCUGAGUUGAGUGCGCGCGGCUCGGGAUAAGUGGGUUUGACCUAGUGCGUGGGCAAAUUGGUGGGAUCCUCGAACUCUGAGCAGCAUUCUCGUGGUUGCCAACCUCGCCUCCUCCACCACCCAUCCCUGCAACUACAAACUUCAAAGUAGCAGCGGUCCAUCUCGUUUGUACCGAGCAACGACAAGGCUCAGCAAACACCAGAAAGAUUGAGGCAGAUAUCAAUCUUGUAAACACAAUAAUGUCAGACGACGAAUCGUCAGCCUUGUCUUCUGUCGAUUCGCUUUCUCCGCCGCCAUCUGGAGAUGAGUCCGACGUUCAAUUAAAGCGACAGGAUGGCAUCUUGAAGUUCUUCCACGCUGUGCCCAAGAAGGACGAGGCUGCACCCAAAGAAGAUUCACCACCACCUCGCAAGCGAGAGCCUUCUCCGCCGCAUGAAUAUGUUCUGGCGGAUAAUCCAGACAUUGCUUUCAUUGUUAUGUUCAGAGCCAAAUUUAACGAUAUCUUCUCGAAGAAUCUAGCAACAUUUGGACCUCAGGAACUCGAACGAGAGAUUGUCGACUCAACUCCGGGUGAUCGAGUGGAGCUCUUUUUGUGCGCCAUCUUGAAGCUCCUUCUCAAUCGCCAGCAAGAGAUUAAAAUAGGUCACUACAACCGAGCAGUCGAGGAUGCGAUCAAAUCCCACGAGUCGUCCUGGCCAUCGAGCUGGAAUGGAACCAGCCCUCUAGCUGGCGGUGCGACGUUUGUCUCCAUGACACCAGUCCAAAGACUUGACCUCCUCCGAACAUUCAUCCUCUGGACGAUGCAGUACUGCAAGACUGUCAAGGACAUCAUUGACUCUGCCUACAAGAACAAGCGUAUGGACGACGACCUGAACCAACCCCUUUCUGUUCAGCCUCUGGGCUCCGACAGCGACAGACGUCGGUACUUUCUGGUUGAGGGUCCUGGAGACACGUCAUUCCGUAUAUAUCGAGAGAGCAACCCUGCCGGUUUCCAACGCACAUGGUGGAGUGUUGCUGGUAGUAUAGAGGAGGUCAAUGCCCUGACGGACAAGCUAUUAACGGAUGAUGGUGGACCCAAGGCGCGCAAGCUGAGCCAAAGGUUACAAGACCACAUACCACAUUUCGAAGAUGCGCUUGAGAAACUGAGGCGCCGCGAGUACCGUCUUGCCCGCAAGCAGCAGUUCAAGCGCCCCGAGCCGGGCUUCUCCCUGUACGAAGGCCGAACACGGGGCAAGCGCGCAAAGUACACGUUCGAUGACGACGACUACGAUUUCAACAGCGACUCGACUGCAACAAGAAGAUCUACUCGCCACGGUACUCAAACACCAGCUGAGCCUGCCGGUCCAGUCACAACAUCGCGUGGCCGUCAGAUACGAGCACCGAAUCGGCUGAACGCCGACAUGCCUGACAAUGGCUCUGUGGCCACGGACAGCGUAGCAUAUUACGAUGGAGAUACCGAGAUGAGAGAUGACGGCGCGCCUGCCGGGCUGAAUGGGAGGCCACGGCGCUCCGCCGCUGUCAAUCACGGGACAAACGGCUGGUCGGGAAAGUCAUCCAGUAAAAAGACCAACGGGAGCGACGACUUCGACUCGGAUGCGGCCGAUGAUAGUGAGCCCGACUUUGGGGACGAUGAAGAGGGUGACGAGCACGUUCCUGACGAGAGUGAGGACGACGAUGAUGAAUUUGACGAGGACGCGGAUAUGGUCGAUGGCGACGAAGUCGACUCGAGCUUAGUGGUGAAACUCCCAGUGAAGGUUUCAUAUGAUCGCCAUACUGGGAAGUACAGCAAGGCAGACGGACCCGCUAAUAAGCGGAAUGGUGAUAGCGCACAACUGAGCCCAGGCAGCUCCGAGAGCAGCAAGCCCGGCGAGAGGAUGCAGCGUCAAGGAACACCGCCAAAACUAGCACGACCACAGGUCACUUUGCAAUCCCCUAUUCCCGACGAUGACGACGGCGUUUCAGUUGGUAGGAAGCUGGACCAGGCCAAGUCGACAGACAAACCUUUUGCACAACCUACCUCGGGUGCCAAUGAUUCCGGGCCUGACUUGCCAACCACAUCUUUGGCGAUCCGAAGCCCAGAGAAGCCAUCGCAACUGGCACCCCCUAUUGAUGUUUAGUAACCUCAAUAACGACUCAUCAACGGAACUUUGACUGCCAUUGGGGGUGCCUUAUACCAAGAACUUUCUUAGCCUGUUACAGCAUCCUGGAAACUUUGCACGUUCAAGGCUUGUCUUCGUACACGCAUUGUCUAUUCUGCUGUAGUGUUCUGGUGCGAAAAGUACAAAGUUUCUAGGUCUUUGUUCUGAAGGCGAAAAAGAAAACAAAAAACUUUAUGAGCUUGAACUAUAGAGGCAAGACGUGGAAACAUUUUGCGACAAGAUACCUCGUCUUUUGCAAAAAUUAGAUAAUGAUAGAUAUCAAGCAAUCCUUUACGCAUGAA